CUAUAUACCUUUUUUUUCUAAAUCACCCAACUCACGUAUUAGAUUUACAGUUUUGAGUUAAUUUCCCAAACGCGCCAUAACUCGCUAGCAGGCUAACAAAGUCACGUGAUCAACUCUCAGUGGUUUGGCUGGGUGAAGCGUCGUCCCACUUGUCCUUCUAUCUAGCGCAUACUGUGUAGCUGUUAGCAUGUUUGUAGCAUGCGGCUAAACGCCCGUUAAACAUGGUGCACCUCUGUAGAAUUCGCCUCCGUAAAUAUGGAAAUUUCGUGGACAACCUUCGACUGUAUGUCCGCGGAGGCGCUGGCGGCAUGGGCUUGCCCCGCAUUGGGGGCCACGGAGGAAACGGGGGAGACGUUUGGGUGGUUGCCACAAAGAGCAUGACCUUAAAGAAGGUCAAGGAAAACUACCCUCACAAACGCUUUGUAGCCAACGUAGGAGGCAACAGCAGUGUGCGUUCACUGAAAGGACAGAGAGGGAACGACACUGAGAUUUUGGUUCCCGUGGGUGUCACAGUCACGACUGAUGAUGACAGGAUACUCGGAGACUUGAAUGCGGAGGGUGAUCGAGUACUUGUGGCCAAAGGAGGACAAGGAGGCUCCUUCUCCUCCUCCUUCCUGCCCAGUAAAGGCCAGUCGAAGCUUAUCAGGCUGGACCUCAAACUCAUCGCUGACAUGGGCCUGGUGGGGUUUCCAAAUGCGGGAAAGUCGUCUCUGCUGACUGCCUUGUCGAAUGCAACCCCUCAAAUAGCCAGCUACCCAUUCACCACAUUGAAGCCCCAGAUUGGAAAAUUAUUGUACGAGGACCACAACCAGAUCUCUGUCGCGGACCUCCCGGGCUUGAUCGAAGGCGCUCACAUGAACAAAGGGAUGGGACACAAGUUCCUCAAGCAUGUGGAGAGAACCAAGCAGCUGCUGUUUGUGGUGGACGUUUGCGGCUUCCAGCUCGCAAGUCAAACGCCGUUCAGGUCCGCUUUUGAGGCCGUACAGCUGCUCACCAAGGAGUUGGAGCUUUACAAGGAGGAGCUUGUGAGCAAACCAGCCCUACUGGUGGUCAACAAGAUGGACCUGCCCGAGGCCGACCACAAACUAGAACAACUGAAAGAGCAACUCCUCAACCCCGAAGAGUUCUGCCAUACGUUGCCCAAUGACAUGACACCGAAGAGUCACUUGGCGUUCAGGCACGUCGUUCCCAUCUCCGCCGCCACCGGGCUCGGCGUCGACCGUUUGAAAGCUUUCAUCCGAGAGUCGCUGGAGGAAGAGGCCUCCGAGGCCACCGAGAUGUUCCGGCAACAAAGACUGCAACUUCUGAGGCAGCGCUCACGAUAAGCGCGUGGACUUGUGUACUGUAUGUUACGCA